GUUAAUCAAAUUAAAAAAGUAUACGCCCAGCAUUAAAACAUUAAAGUCUAGACAAUUAAGUAUCGAGUUAACUAACCUGACAAAAAUGCAAAUAAAUAAAUUACUGACUUUUUAUUAAGUCUUUAACUUCAAUUUGCAUGCAUGCAUUACUCGAUAAGCACAAAGUUGAUUCAACUUUUGUUGUUUAAAUACUCUACGAAAGAGAUAAGUAACUUUACAUUGAUUUGAUACCAAGUGCCUGCAAACCACUCUCAUAAAUACGUGACAAUGACUAAAUAGUUAUCCAUAAUCCAGUUUCAUUCCUGAAGACGCACCAUGCAUACAAUAAUUUGAUCGUAGUCGGUCAAACUGUAGGUCAAACUGUCCAGUUAAGUGCGGUUGUUAAACUAGUACGUACACUUUUCCAAAAAAUGUGUAUAUAAGAAUGAUGUGAUAAGCAAUAUUAUUGUUGCAACAUCUACGACGCAUGUAACUGAAGUGUCGUGUUUUAGUUCUUUUUAAAAUAUUUAUUAGUUAAUUUUCACUUUCACCACGAUGACUCAGCCGUUGCCAAAAUCGCCUAGGGAAGAUGCUAGUUUUCUAUCGAAGCUGCUAUUUUGGUGGCUGUUAAAGCUGUUACGCUUAGGGUAUAAGCGUGAUCUUGAGCUAUCCGACUUAUUUCGUGUCCCAAAAGAUGAUCUUUCCAACUCGUUGGGGGACAAGCUCAGUGCGGCAUGGGAGGAGGAACUUACUUUGGCCAAAAAAUCGCUUGGCAAGCGAACCGCAAGUUUGCGCAGGGCAUUAAUUAAAGUUUUCGGAUGGAGUUAUGCUGCCCUCGGAAUUUUUGCUUUUACAGAGGAAUGCUUUUUAAAGAUUAUUCAACCAAUUUGCUUAGGAUAUCUGAUUCGAUUCUUUGGAGGAGAGUUUCAGACGGAAUUGAAUGGAAAUAUGGGCUAUGUGUUUGCCUCAGGGUUGGUCCUUGGUUCAAUUUGCUACACUUUUAUGCAUCAUCCAUUCUUCUUCGAAACCCAGCACGUAGGAAUGAGAAUGAGAGUGGCAUGUUCCUCCGUGAUUUAUAGAAAGUCUCUAAAAUUGAGUCAGUCGGCCUUGGGCGACACUACGAUUGGUCAAUUGGUUAAUUUACUUUCUAAUGAUGUGAAUCGCUUCGAUAUCGGGAUGGGCAUGCUCCAUUACAUUUGGAUUGGCCCAAUACAACUAGGAAUCGUUAUUUACAUCCUGUGGUCAAAAUUUGGAUGGUCAUGCCUCGUCGGAGUAGCUCUGCUCGUUUUGUUUGUUCCGUUUCAAAGUCAAAUGGGAAAGCUGUUUGGUUCACUUAGGGUCCAAGUCGCGAUACGAACCGACAGACGUGUCCGUGUCAUGAACGAAAUAAUUUCUGCGAUGCGAGUUAUCAAGAUGUACACUUGGGAACGCCCUUUCGCCCUCUUGGUAGCUGAGACGAGAGAAGACGAAGUGAAGUAUAUUAAGAAGACGGCAAUUUUAAAAGCGAUAAAUCUCAGUUUAUAUUACAUCUCUUCGAAAAUUAUUGUCUUUCUUACCCUUUUGUCGUACGUGCUGACCGGAAAUUUUCUCACGGCUGAAAAGGUCUUUGUGACGCUAUCCUUGUACAACAGUGUUCGUCUCGUGAUGACUUUAUUUUUCCCCAACGGAGUGGCCCAACUGGCAGAGCUGUUUGUUUCCGUAAAUCGAUUGCAGAAUUUUUUAAUGAUGGAAAAUCGAGAGUUGUCUCCACAAGCGAUCUCAUUUCAAUCAGCUCAUGAAUAUGGAAAAAGUCAGAAACAGCCGGAAGCCGAGAUUAGGAUGACGAAGGUUACAGCAAAAUGGACAUCGAAAUCGGAAGAACCCACGCUGACAGAUAUCACGCUAAAUGUGAAGAGGGGUCAAUUACUCGGAGUUAUCGGACCUGUUGGAUGUGGCAAGGGUUCCUUGCUCCAAGCUAUUCUGCGUGAACUACCAAUAACUUCGGGAACGUUGCAUGUUUCCGGAAAAGUUGCGUACACAUCACAAGAGCCGUGGGUCUUCGGAGGAAGUAUUAAAGAAAAUAUUAUUUUUGGGGGGCAAUUUGACGCAGAAAAGUACGAGAGAGUGAUUCAGACUUGCGCCUUGAGUCGUGACUUGUCCCUCCUACCGUUUGGGGACAAUACGCUGGUGGGGGAUAGGGGGACGUCGUUGAGCGGGGGACAGAAGGCCCGUGUUAACCUGGCUCGAGCGGUUUACGCAGAUUCCGACAUUUACCUCCUAGAUGAUCCACUUUCCGCCGUGGACGCCGAAGUUGGUCGGCACCUUUUUGAAAACUGCAUUAUAGACGCGUUAAAAGACAAGGUGCGGAUUCUGGUGACCCAUCAACUCCAAUUUCUCAAGGCGGCUGACGAAAUCUUGCUCUUGGAUGGGGGUCGUGUAGCAGCCCAAGGGACGUACACCGAACUGCUCCGAACCGGGAUAAACUUCGCCCAACUUCUCCGCUCUGAAGAGACCACACCUCAAGCACAAGAUUUACUUGAGAGCACUUCUCAAAAAACGCUAAAAUACAAAGGAACCGGGAUGGAAGUGCUUACCAGGAGUAAAUCCCAGCCCCAAAUUAGAAGGAGUGCCUCCAUGAGCAUUAUUUCGGAAAUGGGCGCACUGGGAAAUCCUUUCGUCCCAGAAGAAUUCGAGUGGGAGGAGGAACCCGCAAUUAUGCGGAGCUAUGGUCAACAACCCCACUACGACAUUUCCAGAAGAAUGUCGAAACCACUCGUUCCCACAGUGCGACUCCGUCCUAAAAAGAAAUCUCUCAGUAGUUCAUCGUCCUCCAAUGGCGACCACCCCCGCGACGAGAACAGUCCCCUCAUCCCCAAGGUUCACGAGGAGCAGAGAUCCACUGGUGACAUCUCAGUGUUCCUCUACUGGCGCUACAUCCGUGCCGGAUCCUCCCUCUUUGCCCUCACCAUCCUAUUCUUUUCAAACAUAUUGGUCCAAAUUUUAUUCUCGGGGUCAGACUAUUGGUUGCAGUAUUGGACUAAGAAUGAAGAAGCUCGAUUUUCUCCCGUCUUAGAUGAACAAGACUUUGAAUCUGGUGACUUUGAUGCGGGUUUUAAAAUAGAAAAUUCUUCGUUUUAUAAGGAAAAUUCGACAAGUUCAUUAUCACUCGAUUCGGAGAGGGAAAUGGAAGUUUGGAUCUAUUCUGGAAUUAUCGGGGUCCUCUUUGUGAUAUCUUUAAUCAGAACGGCAGGAUUUCUAACGAUGUGUCUCACCUCAUCGGUUAAUUUACAUAAAAUGCUUUUUAAUGGGGUGCUUCGAGCUCCGAUGCGAUUCUUUGAGAUCAAUCCAGUCGGGAGGAUCCUCAACCGCUUCGCUAAAGACAUAGGAAUAGUGGACGAAACACUUCCUUCAACUUUGUUUGAUACAAUGGAUAUAUUUCUCCAAUUUAUCGGUGUCAUUGUAAUUGUUUGCACUGUAAACCAAUUUCUCCUAAUUCCGUCGGCAAUAUUGGGCAUUUUAUUCUAUUUCGUGAGAAGGUUCUAUCUCGAGACGGCGAGAAGUGUAAAACGUCUCGAGGGGAUUGCUAGAAGUCCAGUCUUUUCACACUUGAGCACGUCUCUCUACGGACUGACCACAAUAAGAGCAUUCGGAGUUGAAGGUCAAUUUGAACGUCAAUUUGACGCCUAUCAAGAUCUGCACUCUUCGUCCUGGUAUCUUUUUCUCGCAACGGCGAGAUGGCUGGGAAUAUUCGUGGACUGGUGUAGCGUCGGCUUUAUCGCUGCGGUCACGUUCAGCUUUCUCUUUAUGCGGCAAGAGGGUGCAGCAGUUGGUCUCGCAAUAUCGUCAGCGAUGACGCUCACAGGGAUGUUUCAGUGGGGCGUUAGACAAAGUGCUGAAACUGAGAAUCACAUGGUUUCCGUUGAACGGGUGUUGGAGUAUUCCGCCUUGGAACCGGAAGCUGCAUUGGUUUCUUCAGUAGGACCUCCGAAAUCAUGGCCACUCAAGAGUCAAAUUGUUAUGAAAAAGAUGACGCUUCGAUACGGGGAAGAUGCUCCAGUACUUAAUGAAAUAUCCUGCACUAUUCUACCCAAGGAGAAAGUCGGCAUUGUUGGUCGGACUGGAGCAGGGAAAUCUUCCUUAAUUACGGCUUUGUUUCGAAUUGCGGAACCUUGUUCCGGAACGAUUGAAAUUGAUGGCAUUGAUGUCAUGAGUAUCGGGCUGCACGAACUGAGGUCCAAAAUAUCCAUCAUUCCUCAAGACCCUGUUCUCUUCAUUGGCACGCUUCGCAGAAACCUCGACCCCUUUAACGAUUAUGAUGACGACCAAUUGUGGCAAGUAUUGGAGGAUGUGCAUUUAGCUCAAGCCGUAAGAGAAAUGCAGGCCGGACUUGAUACUCAGAUUGCAGAAGGUGGUUCAAAUUUCAGUGUGGGGCAACGACAGUUAAUAUGUUUAGGAAGAGCGAUUCUGAGACGAAACAAAGUCUUGAUUUUGGAUGAAGCAACCGCAAACGUCGACCCAGAGACGGAUGCAUUAAUUCAGAAAACGAUUCGUGAGAAAUUCGCCGAUUGUACUGUCCUGACCGUGGCGCAUAGGCUGCACACAGUUAUGGAUUCUGACAGAAUUUUAGUUUUGGACGCUGGUCGUAUAAUGGAAUUUGACGAACCUUACAAACUUUUACUCAACACGAGAAGUUCACUUCAUCAACUUGUGCAACAAACUGGAAAAACUUCGGCAGGGAAAUUGAUCAAUGUAGCGAAAGGGGUGCACGACAAAAAGCAGAGGCUGAGCAUGUCAAGUGUUGCAGAAAUCGGGGAAAAUGGGUCCAGUACUGCUGGAAGUAAUACCAGUGUGGAGGAUUCAGUUUUUUAAUGGCUCAAUUUUACUAUACAGGUUUUAGUUGGACAAUUUUUUUAACAGAUUUGUAAUUUAAUUUUAAUUUUAAAUGAGAAAUAAAGUCACACCUAUUUUGUGUAUGGAUAAAAAGGGUGUUGAAAACAGGUGCAAAA